CUUGGCAGAAAGACCGGAGAAAGAAAACAAGAAAUCGAGGAAAAGUAAUUAAAACCUUCCCUCCAUAUUUGGGCGUAUAAAUAAUUGUCACCUGCUCCUUUCUCCACGGUCGCCUUUUCUGCAUUAACAAAUAAAAAUAGCGCUUUUUUCAUUAGGGCAUAGUCCCUGCUCAAUGGCGGGCAUUUGGACCAUUUUCUCUCAAAUCUUUUGCAUCCAAUCAUCGAUUAAUAAAAACCCUAAAUUUCAGCUAUGGUCGCCCUAGAUUUCUCCCUCGAGCCUUGUAAUGGCAUUGCUGCUUGAGUCUAAUGGCCGCUUUGAAACCAAAACCCUAAAAUUCGAUGUUUUGAUGGUUAAGUUGUUGAUUUAAAAUUUUGAUUUCGUAGUCGCGUGAUUAGCCACUGAAUGCCCUGAAUCAAACUUGUGGCUUUGGAAAUGGAGCCACCAGUUGUGACCAUGCGUGCUAAGUAUAAGGCCUCUGGGCCCAAGGAUCCUGGAGUUGCAGGGGUGUUAACUAUGAGAGAUGAUAGCUUCAUAUUCAGACCAAAUGACCCAAGUUCAUCUGUCAAGCUUGAUGUUAGUUUCAGAUGCAUUAAAGGUCAUAAGUUCAGUAAAGAGGGUUCAAAGCAAGCACUUUUGAAUCUAACACAAGAUAAGGGUGGAGGAUACAUGUUUGAGUUUGCAAACUUUAAAGACAGGGAUGUUUGCCGGGAUCUUGUCGUUUGUAUCUUUGACAAUUGGACAGGAAGGGUCCUUGGGAGGCUCCAGUGCCUGCCACCAUCUGAUCAGAGUGCCCAAGUUGUACCUGCACAACCUACUACUCAACAUGAUAAUCAACUCAGUAUGGCAGAGAUGGAGCAGAGAAUGAAUCUUCUGCGUGAGGAUAGUGAAUUGCAGAAACUUCAUAGGCAAUUAGUCAUCGGUGGUGUGCUGACAGAAACCGAGUUUUGGGCGACAAGAAAGAAUCUUCUUGACGAUGCAGCUCACAAAGCAUCAAAGCAACGAGCUGGAUUUAAAAGUGCAAUGCUUGCAGAUGUUAGACCAUUGACUGAUGGUCGGACAAAUAAAGUUACCUUCAGUUUGACUCCAGAGAUUAUUCAUCAGAUUUUUGCUGAGAAGCCAGCAGUUCACCAGGCCUUUCUAAAAUUUGUGCCAAGCAAGAUGAGUGAAAGGGAUUUCUGGACCAAGUAUUGUCGAGCAGAGUAUCUCCAUAGGACCAAGAAUUCUGUGGCAGCAGCAGCAGAGGCAGCUGAAGAUGAAGAACUGGCUGUAUUUUUGAAGCAUGAUGAUAUAUUGGCCAGCGAAGCUCGCCGUAAGAUCCGACGAGUAGAUCCGACUGUAGAUAUGGCUGCUGACCUAGGAGAUGAUUAUUCGCAUUUGCCGGGUCAUGGAAUUCUUCGUGAUGGUAGCAAGGAGAGUGUUGAUUCUGAGUCAGAAUUGCCAAAGAGAACGCUCUUACAAGAUCUUAAUCGCCACGCAGCAGUUGUCCUGGAAGGGAGGACAUUAGAUGUGGAGUUGGGAGACACAAGGACUGUAGCAGAAGCACUUGCAAGGUCCAAACAGGCUGAAGUGGCAACUGAAACUUCUGAUGAGACUGAAAACCAGAAAAGACUGGAAAGAGUUUCUCAAAUGACCGAAAUCGAAGAUCUACAGGCACCACGAAGCUUACCAUAUGCACCCCUAUGUAUCAAGGAUCCACGGGAGUACUUUGAUUCUCAGCGAGCAAAUGCAUUUAAAGCCACAGGAGAUACAGGUUCUGGAGUAAAUAAAGAUUGUUGUCAUCUGAGCACUAAACAAGCAUAUGAGUCUCUGAGGGCACAAAUCUUAGAGGUGAAAUCAGUAGGAUUUAAAGACCCGAUUGUUAUACCCGACUUGGCCCUUAAGGUUCUGAAUGAUGUGAAUCAGCAACUUUCAAGUACAGAUCCUCAGCUUGGAAAGAAUCCUCAGGCUACAGUUCUUGACAUGCUACCUCACAGAACUAAAGAGGAACUCUUACAGCACUGGACUUCUAUUCAAGAACUGCUGAGGCAUUUUUGGUCGUCUUACCCACUUACUACAACAUUUUUGCAUGCCAAGGUUAAUAGAGUGAAGGAUGCUAUGGCACAAAUCUACCGCAAGCUCCCGGAGGUAAAGGAAUCUGUGCAGUCAGAGUUCCGACAUCAAGUGUCACUGCUAGUGAAACCUAUGCUUCAGGUUCUAGAUGAGGCAUUUAAGCACUAUGAUGCAGAGAUGCAGAAGAGAUCUACAAAGACGAGUGAGGGACGAAAUGGAAUUCUUUAGUUAUCGGAUGUAUGUUGAUUAUUUGUCUCCCUAAAGCUCAAGUAUGUGCGUGUGUAUCAAAAUUUUGCUGGUGAAAGAUGUCUAGAAUUGUUUACACAUUCCUAUGUUAUUUGAUUAGUUAGAAUAUUCCUUUACCACUUGAUUAAAUCUAUUUAAAGUUAACUGAGUUUAGAAAUAUAUAUUUCCCAGUCUUUCGUACUUA